UUUUUAGGAAAGCCAGAAUUCCCCUUUCCGAAGCAGGCAGCUGAGAAGGAGAAGGGCGAGUCGCGUAUGUGCCCGAAACACGGGCGAUUCCAAUAAUCAUAGCCUGGGUUUCGGAUCCGGAUCGCGUUGCUUGCAAAGUGGGCCGUGGAUGGAAGACGUCGCGCCAGGACUGCUGGAACCGAACCUAAGCCGGCAGGAGGGGAUGGGCGGAAGGAAGGCAGAGCCAUUCUCUCUCGAGAGACACGGUGGCCAACCCACCUAGCCGACCCCCAGAGCGCGCUCCUGGAAUCCCGCGGCUCCCCGCGUCCGCCAAACCCAGCUGCAAGGGAGGGGCGGUACAGGUGGAAAAAGAGGGGGCGCGGCAGGGAGGGGAAGGGCUACGGGUCCGUGGCCCGCUUGAAUGGCCGAGGAGGUGGGAAAGGGGCGGGGCUAUGCAAAUCGCUGGCAGUACAAGCCAAUUGACUGAAUAGGCUUUUGGGUGCUCAAUGCGAGAGAGGGGGAUUUGUAAGCGUAUGUGUGUAGAGGAGGAGGGUGGCGGUUUAUUUCCCCCCUUUUUCUUUCUUGUUUUCUUUUCUUUUCUUUUUUUCUUUUUUGCCAAGUGGGCAGGAGUGUCCACGAUCGUUAUUUGUAUUCUUUCUUCCUGCCUUGCCUUCCCCUCCUUCCCUACCACCACCACCACCACCCCCGCCGCCGCCGCCCCCACUUUGCGCUCGUGCGCUCCUGGCGAUCGGCCUGCAGCAAGCAAGAACUUCGAAGGGGCAAGGUAGCGAGUUCAGGCUGGGAGAAGAAGCGGCGAGCCGAGCCGAGUCGCGCGAGGGAAAAAAAAAAAAGAAAGAAAGAAAGAAAGAAAGAAAGUCAAGAACGCAGCUCGGGGAGCCUCGGAAUCCCCACCCGAUUCGGCCGCCUUUCUUUUUAACUUGCUCCGCCGCGAGCGCGCCUAUGGAUUGGGAGAAGAGAGCUGGGUUCAACUCCUGAAUUCCUUCCCCCAAAGUCCCGAAUCGCGGCACUUCGAUCGGGGGUCACCGGAGGAGCGCUCGCCUUCCUUCUCGGGCGAAGGGAACGGUGGGACGUCGCUCCCAGGACAGCUGUGGCUAAGACGUCUGCUUGGAUUUUGGAUCCCCAGUUCUCUGCACCAUGCCCCUAGUUGGUUUUUUGCUCUGGGCCAUCCUUCUCAUUGUGGGCUGGUGGCCCUCAUACUCCAAGGAUUACCUCUUCGCUACUCCAAGGGUGCAGCUCACUUUCAAAGAGCUGAAGGCCACUGGAACUGCACGUUUCUUCAAUUUCCUUCUCAACUCAACAGACUACCGAAUCUUGCUGAAGGAUGAAGAUCAUGACCGAAUGUAUGUGGGGAGCAAAGACUACAUCCUUUCAUUAGACCUUCAUGAUAUCAAUCGGGAGCCCUUGAUUAUCCACUGGCCUGCAUCACAGCAAAGGAUAGAUGAAUGUGUCCUGUCAGGCAAGAACAAUAAUGGUGAGUGCGGGAACUUCAUCCGACUUAUCCAGCCCUGGAAUCGAACACACUUGUAUGUCUGUGGCACUGGCGCAUAUAAUCCUGUCUGCACCUUUGUCAACCGGGGUCGCAAAGCACAGGCUUUUGAGCUGAACCAGUCCAUCCAGCAGGGAGGACGGGGAAGUAGAGCAGUUGACUCCUCCCUCCACCCGUCUCCAGUGGAACGCAAGGAUUAUAUAUUCUACUUAGAGCCAGAGAAGUUGGAGUCAGGCAAAGGGAAAUGCUCAUAUGACCCGAAGGUGGACACAGUAUCAGCAUUAAUAAAUGAAGAACUCUAUGCUGGUGUCUACAUUGACUUCAUGGGCACAGAUGCAGCCAUCUUCCGCACUUUGGGCAAGCAGACUGCCAUGAGAACUGACCAAUACAACUCACGUUGGCUCAAUGAUCCAGCAUUUGUCCAUGCAAAGCUCAUCCCAGACAGUGCUGAGAAAAAUGAUGACAAGCUAUAUUUUUUCUUUCGAGAAAAAUCCACCGAUUCUCCACAGAGCCCAGUUGUCUACUCCCGCAUUGGACGCAUUUGCUUGAAUGACGAUGGAGGCCAUUGCUGCCUAGUAAAUAAAUGGAGCACAUUCCUAAAGGCACGGCUCAUCUGUUCUGUCCCAGGGCCUGAUGGAAUUGAAACACACUUCGAUGAACUCCAGGAUGUCUUCAUCCAGCAGACCCAGGAUGUGAAGAAUCCCAUUAUUUAUGCUGUUUUUGCAGCCUCUGGGUCUGUGUUUAAGGGUUCUGCCGUGUGUGUCUACUCCAUGGCUGACAUUCGCAUGGUCUUCAAUGGACCGUUUGCCCACAAGGAAGGUCCCAACUAUCAGUGGAUGCCUUACACUGGCAAAAUGCCUUAUCCCCGUCCAGGCACCUGCCCAGGGGGAACAUUUACACCCUCAAUGAAAUCAACCAAGGACUAUCCUGAUGAGGUGAUCAACUUCAUGCGCACUCAUCCAAUGAUGUACAAUGGUGUCUACCCCAUACACCGCCAACCUCUUGUGGUGAGAACCAACGUCAAGUACAAGUUCACAACUAUAGCUGUGGACCAGGUGGAUGCAGCUGAUGGACGCUAUGAGGUGCUUUUCCUGGGCACAGAUCGUGGGACUGUCCAGAAAGUCAUAGUUUUGCCCAAAGAUGAUUUGGAAACAGAAGAAUUGAUGCUAGAAGAGGUUGAGGUAUUCAAGGUUCCAGCCCCAAUCAAAACUAUGACCAUCUCCUCCAAAAGGCAACAGCUCUAUGUAUCCUCAGCCAUUGGGCUAACCCACCUGGCCCUUCACCGCUGUGAUGUGUACGGAGAAGCCUGUGCUGACUGCUGCUUGGCCAGAGAUCCCUACUGUGCCUGGGAUGGCAAGUCCUGUUCCCGCUAUUCUGCUUCUUCCAAGAGACGUAGCAGACGUCAAGACGUCCGGCAUGGCAACCCUAUCCGUCAGUGCAGGGGUUACAAUUCCAAUGCCAGCAAGAACUCAGUGGAGGCUGUUCAAUAUGGAGUGGAGGGAAGCACAGCCUUUCUUGAAUGCCAGCCUCGCUCCCCUCAAGCUACCAUCAAAUGGCUCCUCCAGAGAGACAACAGUGACCGAAGAAAAGAGCUCCGCACUGAAGGGCGGGUAUUGAGGACAGAUCAAGGGUUGUUGUUGCGGUCCCUGCAGCUCUCAGAUGGGGGCCUGUAUUCUUGCACAGCCACGGAGAACAACUUCAAGCACACCAUAGCCAAAGUGCAGCUGCAUGUACUGAGCAGUGAAACUGUCCACGCUGUGCUCUUCCAAUCAGAAGGCCCCGUCCCCUCCGCAGCAGCCAUGAGAGCUGGCCUGCCAGGCACCUUCAGCUCUCAGUACCAUGACCUUGUCCAGCUGCUCACACAGCCCGAGAUGGGACUCAUCAAUCAGUAUUGCCAGGGAUAUUGGCGGCACGUGGCCUCUAAUCACAAGGAGACUUUGGCUGGUCUCAAAGCCAAGGCCUUGCAUGACCAGAAGAAGCCACGAAACCGCCGGAAUCACCAACCAGAGAUGGAUCAGCACACAUGAGAGUGGCAGCUGAAAGGGACUAUGUGAUGACAGUUCUAUAAUUCCCCAUUUUCAUAUAUAUAUAUUUCUCAUAUAUAUAUGAGAAAUCUCACACCACCACACACUGUUCCCUAUCAAGACAGUAUUUAUUUGUAGGUUGUAUAUAAUCCAUGGGUCUUGCCUGGGUGUGAGGUGGCAAAGAGCUCGGAGGCAGCUGGCUCUUCCUUCCCACAUUUAUCUGUGGUACUGUAAAAGAAUUGACAUCUUGGAGGUAGAGAACAGAGCCAAAGUAACUCCUCCCUUUGCCUCUCAAGUGUGGAUAGCUGACCCCAGUCAGGGAAGGAGAGUUUCAAGGAUAUCCAAUGGCAAAGUUACUGUUUCCUUAGCUCCCUUUCCCCAUUAUGCUUUUAGCACAGCUCUAUGGAUCCAUAACAGUGGGGCAGUGACUUUUAAGGCUGACCCAUCUUCAGCAAAUUUGAGAUAUUACUGUUACUAUCACUGAAACAAUUCCGUUUUGGUGGUGUGUGUUUUUUUAAAGGCAGCUGUCAGGCACCAAGCGUUCUCCCAGUCCUACUCCCCUUGCUACUACACACCCAGAGGUGUAUAUAAGCCCCUGCCACACCUACAAAGCACUUUCUUCCUCUUCUAGACCUCUCUCUGACUCAAAGCACAUAUUGAUGGGACGCCCUCCAGGGAAACUUGCUAUGGAGACUGGAAACUCUUAGGGAGCCUGAGCUAUUUGAGGAAGAAGGAAGUGCUCCAUCAAGGAUAUCCGUGUAUGACCCAUGCGAUGCUCUUCCUGCUACUGAAAAUAAGCCAACUCCACUAGGAGUUAAAAAAGGACUUUCUGAUUUGACAGUGCUUCAACUGGAGUGCCUUCCCAGGGUGAAUGGGAUUUGGCCACUCAGGGCAGAGGCAGCUGGCUUGGUUGAGUAGUUUUACCAUUGUUGGGACACAAGGGCCAUAUCCAAAUGAGUUAUGCCAGGGAGAUGUAAUGUACAUAUGAACCAAAGCUACUCUCCUGUAGUGCAUGCAUCAGGCAUUUCCAAGACCAAAGACAGCAUGGCAAUUGAAGUAGGAGAGAGGACAAGGAUUGGUGCAUGGCCAUCGGAAUAUAUCUGGUUUCUGCUUUGCUAACCCUUGGAGGAAUCGGUGCCUUGGUUUCCCAACUUAAAUUCUAUAAUGUAUUCAUCUCAGAUUGCCCCGUAAGGAGUCCAAAGCUUCAGUAUGACACUAGCAUCCCGUCGAGCAAAGCAAUAUAAACCAAGGAGAACUGUAACAGUCCAACCGAAGGUGUUCUAAUAAUCACAGAAGAAUUCUAUAGCAUCAACAUUACUGAGCAGGUCACAUGGCCAACGUAAGAAAAAGACAGGCUGGUGAGAUCAUGAAAGGGGAGAUUCAGGGACAUCUGUUUGUCUUUCUCUCAGUUGUAAUGUGAGUUUAUGAAAAACAGGCUAGAGUUUUAAUAAGCAUUCAUUGCAUGGAAUCAUUGCCUCCCUCCAACCUGACUGUUCUCUCUUGUCUUCAGAAACGGAGCCAAUUUGGCUAGAUUCUCAAUCUUUCUUUUUAAUUAUAAUGCAGGUAGUCCUUGACUUACAACUGUUCCAUUUAGUGGCUGUUCAUAGUUACAAUGACAUUGAAAAAAAAUGACUUUAUGACCAGUCCUUGCACUUAUGACCAUCACAGCAUCCUUACGGUUGCAACCAAGAUGUAUUUAUGACGGUUGCAAUGACCCGGGAUCAUGCAAUCGCCAUUUGCAACUUCCCAGCCUUCGGACAAGCAACGUCAAUGGGGGAAGUUGGAUUCACUUAACAACUUAACACAUGAUUCAUUUACAACCGCAGUGAUCACUUAACCGUGGCAAACAAGGUCAUAAAGUUGGGCACAACUCACUUAACAACGGCCUUCCUUAGCAACAGAAAUUACGGUCUCAAUGGUUAUAAGUUGAGGACUACUUGUAAUUAAACAUGGAACGUGAACAAGAACAGAUCACAUGUUUCUCACCCUCAAAUAAGCACAUUCAAAGAGGGAGGGGGUUCCUAGGUGAAAAGGUGAAUAUGCCAAAUUUAGGCUAUAUCUUAGUUUACUCUCUUGAAUGUCUUCCGACUGUGCUCAUUUUUCCCCUUGCUGUAAUCUUUCUUGAAUGUCUUCCCCCCACCCUCUAUAGAAAACAAUUUGGUGCUCUUGGGUCUAUCGAUCCAAGCUUCAUCGAUAAUAGGCAUGAUUUUUAUCUUCCCUAACUCCGUAGGGAAAUGAAAUUAAAAGUAAGCCCCAUGACAGCUACUCGCAGAGUUGCAGCAUUUGUGCAUAUCCUGAAUUUCUGAUUGGAUUAAUCUGUGCACUGAGGCAAGGAAAACAAAAUGCUUUCCUAUGGCUAUGGAUCUUGUUAAUAUGGAGCUAAUUACACAGAGCUACAGGGACUACCAUUACUGAGCAUAGUGGGUAUAGAAAAUAUCUUGCACAGACCUAUAUCACAUUACCCUAAAGGUGUAACUGGACUAAGUUAGGGUGAUGGAAACUACAUUGUUUCUGCUUCUGUCUGCACAGCAAAGAAGUGUCUUCACAGCAGAGCUGAAAAUCUGCAGAAAUCUGCAGUUUAUGUGAUUCUGCCUCCCCACUCACCCUCCCACCCAGCUGUAUACCACCUGCUGUUAAGAAAAGGUUUUCCCCUUUCAUGCUUGGAAAUAGGACCUUCUUCAUUCACCCUCCCUCUUAAAAGCAGGCCCCCUUCCUCUGCCAGUCUGAGUGAUGUGAGUAUACUUCCUCUUGUAAAUAACUGUAAAUAAAAAAUAAAUAAAUAAACCUGAGAUACGGGGCAUCUGAGCAGUAGCUCCACAUGAUGAAGUCAGGCGCAAAGCCACAUUGCGCUUGUAAUGUGAGAUUCCUGUGGAUAGAACAAGCUAAUAAACACUGGCUUUGUUUUUGGAAA